AUGUUGCUGAAGAACCUUGCCUGCUACCUUGCUCUCGGCGCUUCCUGCGCGCUGGCAGCCACCAACAUAGCGGAGGCCAUCUCCGACAUGGACAACCUCGCCAGGGCAAUUGGAGACGCGAGGGACUCGCUGCAGAACUACCAAGGAGGCGUCUCUGGUGCCAUCGAUACCGCCAGCGCCGUCAACAACGCAAAGCUUGCGGCCAGAACCGCUCGAGAGAACCUCGCUGGGAGCGGUGGUUUUACUCCUGACGAAGCGGCCCAGUACUACGAGGCUUACACAAAAAUGUCCCCAGUUCUACUUGAUGCAUUGACAGUUGCCAAGGACAAGGCGCCUCUUUUCAAUGAGGCUGGAGUGGGUCCGCCAGCCCGGGAGUCCGUGCAGGAUUUGCACAGUGAGAAGAAGAUGUUUGAGGAGCAGGCAAAUCAACAGAUUCCGAAGGAGACAAUGGGCAAGGCUGCUCCGUCCAUUGAGCAGAUCAGCAAGGCCUUUGACGAGGCCGAAGCUGCAUUCCUGUGA